AUGGAUACCAUACAUUUCAUACGACGUUCUAUAGUUCUAGUGAUGAUUGGAUCGCAUGGACAAGCCUCGCUUUUGUUGUUUUUUUCUAUAAUACAGGGUUAUAUAACAAAAGCAUAUCCAGUGUUGGGGUGUUACGUGAAUAGAAUUCCCAUAAAAAGCACGGACCAAGGUCAUAAAGUUAGAAGUGCUGUACAAUUUAGUAAAACAUCUGGUAGUAAGGUGAAAGAAAAAACAGGCUAUCGACCACCGAUGGAAAGUUCGAAGCUGAAGAUAAAGAGAAGGUUCGAAGAUUUGGGCCAAUCAAAAACAUCUAAUGCUAAGUGUCUGAAAGUCAAAAAUGGUCUCUUUAUCAAUUACUUAACAUCAUCAGGUGAAAAUAUAGUCCAUCUUUUAGCUCAAUGUUAUAUAGAUUAUUACAUAGAUUUCAGUUUUUUGUUUGAUUAUAAAUUAGAUUUUAAUCAUACAAAUAAUGAUGGUAAUUCACCAUUAAUGGUGGCCUCACUUUUCAUGAAUUCACCCUUCCUUCAAUUUUUAGCUCCUUUACCCUGUGACGUCAAUAGACAAAACCACCAGGGCCAUACAGCACUCCACCUAUGUGUCACUGGAUUUACUUUGAUAAAAGAAAAAUUAAACAUGAUGAAAGUCAAUUCAAUAGUGAAAGAGUUAUGUGCCUUUGAAUACUUUCCUAGAUAUCUUCAAUGUAUUGGUAUCUUACUCAGUCUUGGUGCAGACGUCAAUAUGCAGGAUAAAAAAGGUAAAACAGUUUUAAUGUUGGCUUGUAUGAAAAAUGAUAGAAAAUUGUUAGAAACACUAUUCAUACAUGGAGCUGAUGUGAAUAUUGUAGACAAUCAUCGUCGAUCUGCUCUACAAUACAUAGAUUUAACAAACAAUGUUUAUGAUUUAACAUGUUUUAAUUUACUUCUGUCUCGUGGUUGUAGACAAUCUUUUAAUCAGCCAUGUCUUAAUGGUAACACUUUGAUUCAAAACCUACUCCAAUUCUCACCAUUAUGGCAAAUUGAUCAAACAGUCAAUUUUAUCAAGUUUCUUGUUUUUAAUAAUGUCAACCUUCAACAUUUAACCUCAGAUGAUGGAGAAAUCUCCUAUGGUCAAUUAUCUCUUGAGGAAUUUUCUUCACAAUCUAGGCAUGAAUUAAGACAAAUCCUGGUUUUAAGUGGUGGUUCAGUUGUACAAAUUACAAAAAUAUUACAUUUUGAACAAGAAGAAAAUUAUGAAGCAUCAUUGCCAGAAACUUUAAGAGAAAAACCGAGAGAAAAAUUCUGUCUUUUCGCCAACAACCUGAGUCUGAAAGAAAUUUGUAGACGAGUUAUCAGACAAAAUACAGGUCUAGCAAUUCAUGACCGUUUUUCAGAACUUCUCGAUUUUCCAACCCUGACUGAUUUUCUGAUGUUUAAAGAUAUUGAUUCUAUGCGAUUUUCACUGCCUGUUCAGUUAAUGUCUGUUAUUGAUGAUGAUUAUGAUGAUGAUUAUAAUUCCUAUGAUUUAAAUAAGGAGAAUGAUGAUUAUGAGAAUGAUUAUUUGAUGUAUAAAGGUUUGAAAUACUUAAAUGAGGUACCCUCAUAUUCGGAUUCAUAUUUAGAUUCAGUUUGA